AGGGAUCCUACCAUCCACCAUUGACCACCGCUGACUCGCCCUUCGAGUAGAUCAUGGCAGACGCCGCAGCCCCCAGCGCAGGAGGAAAAGGCACACCCUCGCUCCUGACACCAUCCACGCCGUCUCUGCCCAUUACGACCACCCCUUCUCCCUCCUCGCACGACCACUCCUCUUCCUCCCCCUCCAACCAGCAACAGCAGCAGCAGCAACAACAACAACAACUCAUCCCCCCAACCUCCCUCCCCGCCCUCUCCCUUUACACUCAACGUGACACUUCUAAAGUCCUCGUCAAGUUCAAGGCGAUUGGAGCUGCGCCCAUCAUGAAGAAUAACAGUUUUAGGAUUACAGCCUUCAAUAAAUUUCAUGCGGUGGUGGUGUUCUUGAGGAAUCAAUUGGGGGAGAAGACGGGAGGUGGAGGAACGCUGUUCCUGUACAUCAACAAUUCCUUUGCUCCUUCCUUGGACGAUACAGUCGGCAACCUCUUCCGGUGCUUUGGCACAGAUGGACACCUGAUAGUCAACUACUCUACCACCCCUGCCUUUGGCUAAGGCUAAAGUGGGCCGAAUGACUCCUCCCCGCUGCUGCUGCUCCAUCGGCCGCCUGUACUUGUACCCGUACCUAUCCUUUCCUGCUGACGAGAGCGCUCGGCUUGUAACAUCAAUCAAUACCACAUUAGAUGACACAGA